GAUCACUCAUCCCCACCCACUAAGUCAAGUCAGUUUCCUGAUCCAAAUACACUACAGGGCUCAUUUGUUUCUGCUUUACUCGCUAUAGUUAAAGAUGAGUUAUCCUGGUUAUCCUCCACAGGCAGGUGGCUACCCUCCACAGGCAGGUGGCUACCCUCCACAGGCUGGUGGCUACCCUCCACAGGCUGGUGGCUACCCUCCACAAGCUGGUGGCUAUCCCCCACAGCCAGGAACGUACCCUCCUUCAGCUGGGGGUUACCCCCCUCAAGCAGGAGGUUAUCCUUCACAAGCAGGCGGAUACCCACCCCAGCCUGGUGCCUUUCCAGGUCAGCCAGGAGCGUUCUCUCUUCCUUCAGGUGGAUGGGGAACUCCUGGUGCUGGAAUGCCUGGUUUUAAUCCAAGCAACCUACCUGCUAUGGCAAACCAGAUUGCUACUGAUAUGGGUGGAUUUCAACCAAAUCCAUCCGUGUUCCCUCAAGCACCCAGUGGGGGACUCUAUCCUAACCAACAGCCCUUUGGCAUGUCCCCUCAGCCAGGAGGAGGCAUGCCCCAGGCACAAGGGAUGGGCUAUCCAGGAGGACCAGCUGCUGGCCAACCAAUGCCAGGCUACCCACAAGUCCCAUCACCUAAUCCUACCAUGCCAGGCUAUCCACAAGCCCCAUCACCUAAUCCUACCAUGCCAGGUUUUUCACAAGGCCCUUCACCUAAUCCGUCGAUGCCUGCCUACCCGAAUGUGCCUGCUCCCAAUCCGUCCAUGCCCUCGUAUGGAGGAGGUGCCCCAGUAGUUCCUGCUAUCAACCGUGGAUUUAGAGGAACCAUUCAAGAUUUUCCUGGAGCUGACCCGUUGAAGGAUGUGGAAGUUCUUAGAAAAGCCAUGAAGGGCUUUGGCACUGAUGAGCAGGCUAUAAUUAAUUUGCUUGGGAGUCGCUCCAACAGGCAGCGUGUACCACUGCUGGUUACUUUUAAGACUGCGUAUGGAAAGGACUUGAUUAAAGACUUGAAGUCUGAGCUUUCUGGAAACUUUGAGAAGCUUGUUCUGGCCAUGAUGAAGACCCCUACUCAGUUUGAUGCAUAUGAGCUUAAAGAGGCCAUUAAGGGAGCAGGAACUGAUGAGGCCUGUCUGAUUGAGAUCCUGUCUUCUCGAACCAAUGCAGAGAUUAGAGAAAUCAAUCAAAUCUACAAAACCGAAAACAAGAAGUCUCUGGAGGAUUCUAUCAGUGGGGACACCUCGGGACACUUCCGCAGGCUGCUGAUCUCUCUCGCUCAGGGCAAUCGUGAUGAGAGCCAGACUGUGGAUAUAUCAUUAGCCAAACAAGAUGCUCAGACUCUUUAUCAGGCUGGGGAAAAUAAAGUGGGCACAGAUGAGUCCAAGUUUAAUGCCAUCCUGUGUGCUCGAAGCAAACCUCACCUUAGAGCUGUGUUUCAGGAAUACCAGCAAAUGUGUGGUAGAGACAUUGUGAAGAGUAUUGAGAGGGAGAUGUCUGGAGAUCUGGAGAGUGGCAUGGUUGCUGUUGUGAAGUGCAUUAAGGACACACCAGUCUAUUUUGCUGAGAGACUCCACAAAGCCAUGAAGGGAGCGGGUACCAAAGACCGCACCCUGAUCCGCAUCAUGGUGUCUCGUUCUGAAGUGGACAUGCUGGAUAUUCGCCAGGCCUAUGUAAAGACGUAUGGGAAGUCCCUCUACACUGCCAUCUCUGGAGAUACUUCAGGAGAUUACAAGAAAUUGCUGUUGAUGCUGUGUGGUGGAAGCGACUAGAAAGGAAAAGUGUUCAUCACAUUAAGGAGGGGAUAUUUCUGUGCCAAAUUGUGUUUAUACAAAUCAUAUCUUCUAUCAUACUCUCAGCUAUAAUUGCAUGCUGUUGCCAUAACUAUAUAAUUGCACAUUUAUGUCAUUUUUAUGGAUGUUGUUUGUAUGCUGUAUUUUUAUAAAUCUUUGAUUUAAAGCGAAUAGCUUAUAUUUUAUCUAAUUGGGUUCUUUAUGUUAAAUAUAUCACCCAGAAAUAGUCAUUUGAUUAGUUAAAAUCACAGACAUUGAGCUAAUAUAUUUCUCAAUAUAUAAAAUGUUUAAAAUAUUUGAGUUUAGUAUUGUUAGGAAACUACUAAACUAUUAAAGAGAUUUUUUUUUAUAGUCACAGAUGUUAGUUACGUAAAAACACCCAUAACCCUGAGAUUAUUAAAUAUAAACUACAUAGUAAAGACACUGUAGACAUUCUAUAGACACUUAUUAUUGUCGUUAGACAAUUCUGUGUGUUAUUACAGAAGUGACAAACAUUAUUGUUAAACAGGUAAUAGUAUACAUGUGCCUGUGUGUGUAAAGACAUAGAUACAGUAGAUGACAAAUUAAAGUAUACACAAGGUAUAGUCCAGACAUUGUGUAAAGUACUACAAGAGCAGCUCCAUUAAUUCCAAUAAGAAUUGUAGAAGUAAUUUGUGUACAAUAUUUUGUACCUUUGCUUAAGUUCAGAAGCCUCUGAUGUGGCCCUACCAAACCAGAAGUUUCUAUUCUUUUAACAUUGUUCUUUGCUUUUCACGUCACAAUUCUACAGUAUAAUGAAAGUCAGUUUGUAAUUGUAUUGUUUAUCUGCAUUCUGGUCACAUUUUUGUUUCUUUUGGUUUACAAAUUUGUUUUGUUAUACAUGCAAAUCACAAUGCAGAGCAUAGAAAUCACAUUAAAGGCACUUUCUACGUCAUG